AUGAAUGAUAACCAGAACGGUAUUUAUACUGGAUCUUCGAUGGGCGGAGUCAGCGGCUUUCAGACAGGCAGGGCAACGGGCGCUUCAGGAAUGUGCAUCAUGGGACUGUGGGCGAUAGAGCAUUUGAGAUGCUGUGACAACAAGAAGACGACACGUGACGCCGUUGAGAAUUGUGUGGAGAGUUGUAACGACGGAAUGAAGAAAGCGCAAGGGAAUCUGGAGAGAGAACUCGGUGGUCUACAGGAUCAGUUGUCUCGGUGUGCGAUGACUUGUUACGAUAAACUCGUUCAACAAUUCGGUCCAGAUGUCAACAAGUACACUGAGAAUCAGAAGAUGAGUUUCAACGAGAAACUCGACUCGUGUGUCUCCGUGUGCGCCGACGAUCACAUCAAACUGAUUCCAGCCAUCAAGAAACGGUUCGCCAAAAAUCUCUAA